AUGAGGCUUGAUAUUGACAACGAUCUGCUGACGGCAAUGGCAGAGCGAUGGCGCCCUGAGCUGCAUACCUUCCACUUUCCCGAGGGUGAAAUGACGAUCACCCUCAAAGAUGUUGCCAUCCUCACCGGGCUCCCGAUCACCGGAGAUGCCAUCAUCGACAACUCGAGAAAACCAGAAGAUGGUUGGGGGCCAUUGAUUCAGGAACGUUUGGGGUUCAACAUGCCGACCACCACGCCCGUCGAAGGGGUUGGGCAUCCACCACUGAAUGCGGGGCAAGUAUCGAUCCCGUGGCUUGUUAACCCCCAUGUUGUACCAAAAUGA